AUGGCGAUGAUAGGGUUCGGGAAAUGUUACGAGUCGUCAAAAGCUCUGGUGAGUAUGUUGCUGGUGCAAGCACUCGUGACCGGGUUGCAACUGCUUUCCAAGGUCAUCUUGAACGACGGGACCUUCAUUUUAGCUAUCUUGGCUUAUCGUCACGUGGUUGGUGCGAUUUGCGUUGCCCCAUUAGCUCUCUACUUCGAAAGACGUAACACAACAAAGCUAAGCUUGAAGGUGGGGUUUUGGCUCUUCAUUAACGCGUUAACCGGAGUAUCAUUGACUAUGGGACUAUACUACUACGGUCUCCGGGAUACAACCGCAACAUAUGCUACCAACUUCUUGAACGUAACCCCGAUUGUCACCUUCAUCUUUUCCGUCAUUCUAAGAGUAGAGUCAUUGAGGUUAAACACCAGAGCAGGUAAAGUGAAGACAGUAGGAGCAAUAGUCUGUGUCGCUGGUGCACUAACCAUUAUCUUCUACCAAGGAAAAUCGUUCCACAUCAACCAUCAACGCUCUCGCUCUCAUACUAAGAUCAUUCCAUCUAAUUGGACGAGAGGCACACUUAUGCUGGUCGGAAGCUGCCUAUCGUACGGUAUCUGGUUCAUAGUACAGGCUAAGGUGAUUAAAGUCUUCCCGUUAAAGUAUUGGUCCACGAUGUUGACAUGCAUCAUCGCGUCCGGACAAGCAACGAUCGUAGGCUUAUGUAUAAAUCAUAGCAGGAAGUCGUGGAGUCUGGGAUGGAAUCUGCAGCUGAUCACCAUUGUCUACUCGGGAGCAUUGGCGACGGCUGCAACUUUCUGCUUAAUCUCUUGGGUGAUUACAAAGCGAGGCCCUACCUAUCCUUCAAUGUUCUACCCCUUGACUCUGAUCUUCGUUACUGUGCUAGAAGCGCUCAUACUCGGCGAGGCAAUCCACCUCGGAACCUUAGUGGGAACUAUUCUGAUCCUAGUGGAAAUAUACUCCUUCUUAAGUGGAAAAAGGAAGGAGUUGUUGAUGAAUCCGCAACCUCCGGUCAAUAACGUUGCGCCUAUGGAUGUCGAGGCAAUGGUUACUGAACCCACAGCAAUCCUGCCGCCAAAAGCGACAAUCGUCUUGCUGAGCGAUUCACCAGAGCAAUAG